AUUUUUUUUUGUGUCGCUCUCCGCUCCGCCAUAUUUGUUGAAGCCGCUUACAACUUGUCUAUUUUUUUCUCGUCGUGUCUGUGUGUGCUUAAUUAUUUGUUGUGGAAAUUAAGCGAUAUUCGUGUGCAUAAAUAGCGUAAAAGUUGCGUUCGACGGCAAGCAUGGCAUCGGAGGAAGACAAUGACGAUAACUUUCAGGAAGAAGAAGAGGCGCAGGAGGACAAUGCUCAGGUGGCUGAACUCUCCAACGAUUCGGAUGCGCCUUUAAAGCCUAAUAAUGACGAGGAUGACGAUUACGAUCCCGAGGAUAAUCGCAAGAAGAAGAAGGGCAAGAAGCGCAAGACCAGAAAGGGCGAGGAGAAGGGUCGCAAGAAGAAAAAGCGCAAGAAGAACGAGAGCGAGGAGGACAGUGACUUUGUCCAGCAGCAGCACGAUGAGGAGGUGGAGUAUCCCAGUACCUCAAAGCGUGGUCGUAAGCGCAAGGAGGAGAAGCAGGCGGCCAAGGAGAAGGAAUCAUCUGCUUCAUCUGGCAUGCCCUCCGUGGAGGACGUCUGCUCGGCCUUCAGCGUGUGCGACGUGGACAUCGAGUACAGCGAGGAGGAGCUGCAGAGUCUCACCACCUACAAGGCUUUCAUGCAGCAUGUGCGUCCCAUUUUGCAGAAGGAGAAUCCCAAAAUUGCUGCCCCCAAACUGAUGAUGCUGGUGGCCGCCAAGUGGCGUGAGUUCUGCGAGAGCAAUCCUCACAUCCAGCAGGAGGGCAGCAGUGGUGCUGGCGCGGGCUCCGGCAACUCAGGUGGACAGGCGCGCAGUGUGGCCGGUGAUGAGGCGGGAGAUGAGCCCCGAUCAUCGCGCUCCUCUCGCAACGAGAAGCCCGACGACAUUUACGAGGAGGCAGCCGAAGAGGAGGAAGAAGAGGAGGAGGAAGAGCUAAAGAAGCCACGUCGCAAGCGUAGCGGGCGAGGCAAAAAGGGUCGACGACCCUCUGGCAAGGUGCCCACUUUAAAAAUCAAGCUGGGCAAGCGCAAGCGCGACAGCUCCGACGACGAGCAAGAUGCCAGCGGUGGAUCUGAACGUGACUCGGAUUUGGAGUUUGAACGCAUGCUCCAAAAGUCCGACGAUAGUGCCGACGAAAAGGAAGCAGCGGCACCCUCAGGCUCCUCCUCCAAGGCAGACAAUUCGGCUACCCCAGCUGCUGCUCAGGAUGAUGGAGCUCCUGUGGUGCGCAAAAAGGCCAAGACAAAGAUUGGCAACAAGUUCAAGAAAAAGAACAAAUUGAAGAAGACCAAGAAUUUUCCCGAGGGCGAGGACGGCGAGCAUGAGCAUCAGGAUUACUGCGAGGUGUGCCAGCAAGGUGGCGAGAUUAUACUCUGCGACACUUGCCCUAGGGCUUACCAUUUGGUUUGCCUGGAACCAGAGCUGGAUGAGCCACCAGAGGGCAAGUGGUCUUGCCCGCACUGCGAGGCUGAUGGUGGUGCCGCUGAGGAGGAGGACGAUGAUGAGCACCAGGAGUUUUGCCGCGUGUGCAAGGAUGGCGGCGAACUGCUCUGCUGCGACUCAUGCCCCUCGGCUUAUCACACUUUCUGCUUGAAUCCCCCACUGGACACCAUACCCGAUGGCGACUGGCGUUGUCCGCGCUGCAGUUGCCCGCCUCUCACUGGCAAGGCAGAGAAGAUCAUCACCUGGCGCUGGGCAGUGCGUGCCGGUGACGAUGGUCCCUCCACUUCUAAAGGUUCCAAGAGCAGCGGCAACUCUCGGGUUCGCGAGUAUUUUAUCAAGUGGCACAACAUGUCUUAUUGGCACUGCGAAUGGGUGCCUGAGGUCCAAUUGGACGUACAUCAUCCUCUGAUGAUUCGCUCUUUCCAGCGCAAGUAUGAUAUGGAGGAGCCACCCAAGUUUGAGGAGUCUCUAGACGAGGCGGAUACUCGGUUUAAGCGUAUCCAACGACACAAGGACAAGGUGGGCAUGAAGGCCGAUGAGGAUGAUGUGGAGCAGCUGGAGGAACGCUUCUACAAGAAUGGCGUUAAGCCCGAGUGGCUUAUUGUCCAGAGGGUCAUUAACCAUAGGACGGCCAGGGAUGGCAGCACCAUGUAUCUGGUUAAAUGGCGUGAGUUGCCCUAUGACAAAUCCACUUGGGAAGAGGAGGGCGAUGAUAUACAAGGUCUCAGACAGGCCAUUGACUACUAUCAGGAUCUGCGAGCUGUCUGCACCUCGGAGAACACACGCUCCAGCAGCAAGAAGAGCAAAAAGGGACGCAAGUCUAAGCUCAAGGUGGAGGAUGAUGAUGAUCGGCCGGUGAAGCACUAUACCCCACCGCCGGAGAAACCCACCACGGAUUUGAAGAAGAAGUACGAGGGUCAGCCUGCUUUCCUGGAGGGCACAGGCAUGCAACUGCAUCCUUACCAGAUUGAGGGCAUCAACUGGUUGCGCUACAGCUGGGGCCAGAGCAUAGAUACGAUCCUGGCCGAUGAAAUGGGUCUGGGCAAGACUAUACAGACGGUGACUUUCCUGUAUUCCCUAUACAAAGAGGGCCACUGUAGGGGACCCUUCCUGGUGGCUGUGCCUCUGUCCACUUUGGUCAAUUGGGAGCGUGAAUUCGAACUCUGGGCUCCAGAUUUCUACUGCAUUACCUACAUAGGCGACAAGGACUCGCGAGCGGUUAUAAGGGAGAACGAGUUGAGCUUCGAGGAGGGCGCUAUACGGGGAAGCAAAGUCUCCCGUCUGCGUACGACGCAGUACAAAUUCAAUGUCCUGCUGACCAGCUACGAGCUAAUCUCCAUGGAUGCCGCCUGUCUGGGCAGCAUUGAUUGGGCUGUGCUAGUGGUGGAUGAGGCACAUCGCUUGAAGAGCAACCAAAGCAAGUUCUUCCGCAUCCUCAACAGCUACUCUAUAGCCUACAAGCUGCUGCUGACGGGAACACCUCUGCAAAACAACCUGGAGGAGUUGUUCCAUCUCCUCAACUUCCUGAGUCGGGAUAAGUUUAAUGACUUACAAGCCUUCCAAGGUGAGUUUGCGGAUGUGUCCAAGGAGGAGCAAGUAAAGCGUCUGCAUGAAAUGCUGGGACCUCACAUGCUGCGUCGUUUGAAAACAGAUGUCUUGAAGAACAUGCCCUCCAAGUCAGAGUUCAUAGUGCGUGUGGAGCUGUCAGCCAUGCAAAAAAAAUUCUACAAAUUUAUCCUCACCAAAAACUACGAGGCUUUGAACUCCAAGAGCGGCGGUGGAUCUUGUUCCCUCAUCAACAUCAUGAUGGAUCUGAAAAAGUGCUGCAAUCAUCCGUAUCUCUUCCCCUCCGCCGCCGAGGAGGCACCCACCUCUGCUGGCGGUCUGUACGAGGUCAACUCCCUGACCAAGGCUGCCGGCAAGCUGGUUUUACUCUCCAAGAUGCUGAAGCUACUCAAAUCGCAGAACCAUCGUGUGCUUAUUUUCUCGCAAAUGACAAAAAUGCUGGACAUUCUGGAGGACUUUCUCGAGGGCGAGCAGUACAAAUACGAGAGGAUUGAUGGUGGUAUCACGGGCACUGUGCGCCAGGAGGCCAUCGAUCGCUUCAAUGCACCCGGAGCCCAGCAGUUUGUCUUUUUGCUGAGUACCCGAGCUGGUGGUUUGGGCAUUAAUUUGGCCACAGCCGACACGGUCAUUAUUUACGACUCGGAUUGGAAUCCUCACAAUGACAUACAGGCCUUCUCCCGCGCCCAUCGUAUCGGUCAGGCCAACAAGGUGAUGAUCUAUCGGUUUGUCACCCGAAAUUCUGUGGAGGAGCGUGUGACGCAGGUGGCCAAGCGGAAGAUGAUGCUCACCCAUCUGGUGGUUAGGCCUGGCAUGGGCGGCAAGGGUGCCAACUUUACCAAGCAGGAACUAGAUGAUAUCCUGAGAUUCGGUACCGAGGAUCUGUUCAAGGAGGAUGACAAGGAGGAGGCCAUUCACUACGACGACAAGGCAGUGGCUGAACUCCUGGAUCGUACAAACCGCGGCAUUGAGGAGAAGGAGUCCUGGGCAAAUGAGUAUCUCUCAUCCUUCAAGGUGGCCUCUUAUGCCACCAAGGAGGAGGAAGAGGAGGAGGAGACCGAGAUUAUCAAGCAGGACGCAGAGAACUCUGAUCCCGCUUACUGGGUGAAACUGCUGCGCCACCACUACGAGCAGCACCAGGAGGAUGUGGGACGCAGCCUGGGAAAGGGCAAGCGUGUACGCAAGCAAGUCAACUACACAGAUGGCGGGGUUGUGGCUGCAGACACCACUCGGGAUGAUUCCAACUGGCAGGACAAUGGCAGCGAGUAUAAUUCAGAGUACUCCGCGGGAUCCGAUGAAGACGGCGGGGAUGAUGACUUUGAUGACCAGAACGGCGGCGGCGAUAGGAAGGCCAAGCGGCGUUUGGAGCGUCGCGAUGAUCGUCCCCUGCCCCCGCUUCUGGCUCGCGUUGGUGGCAACAUCGAGGUGUUGGGCUUCAAUGCCCGCCAGCGAAAGAGUUUCCUCAAUGCCAUCAUGCGCUAUGGCAUGCCUCCCCAGGAUGCCUUCAACUCGCAGUGGCUGGUUAGGGAUUUACGUGGCAAAUCAGAGAGGAAUUUCAAGGCCUAUGUCUCGCUGUUCAUGCGGCAUCUGUGCGAGCCGGGCGCAGACAAUGCGGAGACCUUUGCCGAUGGCGUGCCUCGUGAAGGACUCUCCCGCCAGCAUGUGCUCACUCGGAUUGGUGUGAUGUCCCUCAUACGCAAGAAGGUGCAGGAAUUCGAGCACAUCAAUGGUUACUACAGCAUGCCAGAGUUGAUCCUGAAGCCCUGCGAGCCGGUCAGAUCUGCUCUCAAGCAGCAGGAUGCUGGAACGGCUUUAGAAGCUCCACCAGCAGGCGUGGUCAAGGUUGAUGUGGACAAGAGCGCCACCACUAGCAACAGCGCCACUCCCGCCACCAGUGCGGCACCCAGUCCAGCGCCAGCUUCUGAAAAGGGCGACGAGAAGGAGAAGGAAAAGGACAAGGACUCUUCAGAGAAGGAGAAGGAAAAGGAGAAGGCUUCGCCAGAGAAGAGCAGCGAGGUAAAGCAAGAGCAAGAGGCUGAAGGCGGUGACAAGAAGCCCGCAGAUGUCAAGGUGGAGCCAACGGCGGAAGAAGGUGACACAAAGCCAGCCAGCGAGGCAGCCGAUGUCAAGGCCGAGCUGGCCAAGACAGAGCCCAAGGAAGAGGCCAAGGAACCUGAGCUCAAGGAAGAGCUCAAGACCGAAGAGGAGGAUAACAAGGAGAAGGAGAAAGAAAAGGAAAAUGAGAAGGAAAAGGAGAAAGAAAAGGAGAAAGAAAAGGAGAAGGAAAAGGAGAAGCUGGAGGACAAAAAGCCACUGGCAGCCACAACAACAGUGAUUGACGAUGACGAUGAUGAUGUAAUGAUCGUCAAAGAGGAUGGUGAGCUAGAGAAGCCCAGCGCCAGUUCACCCAAGGAUCAUAAAGCAGCCGCUGCCGCUGCAGCCGUAGCAACUGGCGCCGCCGCCGGCAAGGCUGGUGUAGAGGACAGCUUGGAGGUUCUUAAGCGCAAAUUCAUGUUCAACAUUGCCGAUGGCGGCUUCACCGAACUGCACACCCUGUGGCUCAACGAGGAGAAGGCGGCGGUUCCCGGCCGGGAGUAUGAGAUCUGGCAUCGUCGCCACGACUACUGGCUGCUGGCGGGGAUCGUUACCCAUGGCUAUGGUCGCUGGCAGGACAUCCAAAACGAUAUUCGCUUUGCGAUAAUCAAUGAACCCUUCAAGAUGGACGUGGGCAAGGGCAACUUUUUGGAGAUCAAGAACAAGUUCCUGGCCCGCCGCUUCAAGCUGCUGGAGCAGGCUCUGGUCAUUGAGGAGCAGUUGAGGCGUGCUGCCUACCUGAAUCUUGCCCAGGACCCUAGCCAUCCGGCAAUGUCGCUUAAUGCCCGCUUUGCCGAGGUCGAGUGCCUGGCCGAGAGUCAUCAGCAUCUUAGCAAGGAGUCGCUGGCGGGCAACAAGCCUGCGAAUGCAGUCCUGCACAAGGUGCUCAACCAGCUGGAGGAGCUGCUGUCCGACAUGAAGAGCGAUGUGUCCCGCCUGCCGGCCACAUUAGCACGUAUUCCGCCCGUGGCCCAGCGCCUGCAGAUGUCCGAGCGAUCGAUCCUCUCCCGUUUGGCAGCCACUGCCGGCAAUGCCUCCAAUGCAGCUCAAUUAAUGGCACAAUUCCCGGCUGGCUUCCAGGGCGCAACACUGCCAGCAUUCACUGGCGGACCGGCUGGCAAUUUUGCCAAUUUCCGGCCACAGUUCUCGGUGCCCGGUCAGCUAUCGAAUAAUUCCGGCGCCUAAGGCAGCAAAGCAAGGCAGGCAACACUCUCCUCAAUAAUAAUAUCUACGUUUAAGCGCAUUCGUAUUCGUAUUCCAUGCAAAUAUAUACUUUACUCUCGAGCUAAGAAUUUAAAUUUCAAAACACACACACACCCACGUACAUAUAUAUUUAUGAUAAUCAUUUGCAAUGAAAUCUCGAUAUCGCGUUCACACAAAUAUAUUAAAAUUCUACAUGUUCUGACACUUGACGGAAUGGCGGUAGGAUGUUGGAUGUUGGAUUUUGUCCUGGCUAUCAGCUACGACACCUGAAAUGCUCCCGGGGCGGAUCUCGCGGCCGAUUCACACAUACGACAAGUUUAAAUAAUUAUUCUUAUUUACCUACAUUACUUACUAUGUGAUUAAAACAUAAUCUAGAUACAAUAUAUAAAUGUAUUGAAUUCCAUUGCAAAGAA